AUGGGCCUACACAGUGAACCGUUAGAUCAAGAGGACCAAGACACCAUAAUACUCGAUGCAAGAGCUGGCGAUUUGGAUUCUCUGAAAGAUAUAUUUACAACUUUAGUCAGUCCCGAGUUACUUUCGACUUGUAAGGAAAGUGAAUCUGAUUCUACGGCUUUACAUAUGGCUGCUGCCAACGGUCAUAUAGAGACCGUUCGGUAUAUACUGGAGACGGUUUCUCGCGCAAAUAGUGCCGAAGACUUGAAAGCUUUUGUUAAUGAGGUGAACAAAACAGGCAACACGGCUUUACAUUGGGCGUCGUUGAAUGGCAAAUUAGACGUGGUCAAGCUACUGUGUGAUGAAUAUGAGGCAGACCCCUUUAUUAGAAACAAAUUCGGCCACGAUGCUAUCUUUGAGGCCGAGAACAGCGGGAAGGAAGAAGUGGAAACAUACUUUUUGAAGAAGUAUGAUGUCGAACCUGAAGAUGAUGAAGAAGACACACAAACUGAGGGCAAGAAUUCGGUCCAAAUCACAAAGGGUACAGAAAUUGAACAAGUCACCAAGGAAGCCACCGAGGCUUUAAGAGAAGAAACCGAGAAACUGAAUAUAAAUAAAGACUAA